AGUUGGAAAACGUGCGCGGUGCCGUAACCAGCCGUCGUCAAGAAGUGUUAAGACUUGUGACUUACUAAAGUUCCUCAAGAUGCUAGUGCCAUUAUCACGUCUCUUCGUAUGUCUGUGCUUGUGUAGCUUAGUCAGAGGCCAUGGAAGACUUAUGGACCCACCAGCUCGGAAUUCUAUGUGGAGGUUCGGCUUCCCUAAUCCUGUUAACUAUAACGACAACGAACUCUUCUGCGGCGGCUACGCUGUGCAGUGGGAGCAAAACGACGGCAAAUGCGGCCUCUGCGGCGACCCGCACCACGUCAAGGAACCCAGACCUCACGAAGCCGGCGGUCUCUACGCCAAAGGCAUCAUCUCAAGACACUACAGCGUAGGCCAAGAAAUCGACAUCGAAGUAGAACUAACAGCCAACCAUUAUGGCCGUUUCGAGAUCUUCCUAUGCCCCAACAACAACCCCUAUCAGAUGGCAACUCAAGAGUGUCUAGAUAGGUACCCUUUGUACCUCAGUGGUACCAAAAGCUUUGCCUACGACAUUCCCGAAGACGGCAAAAAGAAGGCCAUCUUUAGGUACAAGGUACAAUUACCGGCCUAUGUCACUUGUAGCCAGUGCGUGCUGCAAUGGAGCUACUACACGGGGAACCAGUGGGGUACUUGUCCCAAUGGAACCGAAGCGCAAGGGUGCGGGAAAUCUGAAACUUUCAGGAAUUGUGCUGAUGUUGCUAUACACACAAGUGCUGGGGCUGCAAUCCCACCGUUGUUCGUAGGGGUGGACAAUCCUUAUUUGUUGUACUACAAGGAUGUAUCGAAGCCUGCUCCUUAUAACGUGUUCCCACUGGUUGUCCGAGAGCAAGUCUGCGUACCUAACUCUUUGUAUAAGACGAUUCCUGGAGUGGGCGAGUGGUGUCAAAGCAAUUGUUUGAGGUACCCACCAAACUGUCCGGCGAAAGUUUGCGAGUGCCCGUCGACUUGCGAAGCUAUUGGGGAGUACGCAGGUAAACCAGGUGCCGACGUCAAGUGUAUGGAUGAUUGUUUGGUUUACCCCUCUAAGUGUCCCACUGACAGAUGUUCGUGUUAUGAAGAAUAUUCCACCAAUUAGUUUAUUUGUGUUCAAUUAUUAUUAAUUGAACUUGUAAUAAAAAAUCACUCGCUCUCCUUGAAAAACUGACAGUUUUUCUUUUGUGUAUAGGUAGACUAGAACAAUGUAAGCUGGGCUGUGACUUUAUUACGGAAGUGUAGUACCUACGUAUUGUGACGUCAGCCCUUAUCAAAAUUUAAAUAAAGUGUAAAUGUCA